UCGUGGGUGCGGGGCAUGCGGGACGGAGAGCCCGAAGCUGUUGCUUAAAGAGAAGCGGCUGAAGCAGGGAGGCUGGCCAGCCAGCCAGCCAUGGACCCCGCCGGGCAGCCCCCGCAGCAGCAGCCUCCGUCGGCCGCCUCUCAGCAGCAGCAGCCGCCUUCGGGGCAGCCCCCUCAAGCCACGGCGCCCCAGCAGCAACAGGCCACCGGCGGCAGCGCCGUCUCCGGAGCUCCCCCGGCCGGGCACCAGAUCGUCCACGUCCGGGGCGACUCGGAGACCGACUUGGAGGCUCUUUUCAACGCCGUCAUGAACCCCAAGGGCGCCAACGUGCCCCACACGCUGCCCAUGAGGCUCCGCAAGCUGCCCGACUCCUUCUUCAAGCCUCCCGAGCCCAAGGCCCACUCCCGCCAGGCCAGCACCGAUGCAGGGACAGCAGGAACCCUGACUCCUCAGCAUGUCCGUGCUCAUUCUUCUCCAGCCUCGCUGCAGCUGGGCACUGUCUCUCCAGGGACACUCACCCCCACUGGUGUCGUUUCUGGAGCCUCACCUUCUUCUCAGCAUCUUCGCCAGCCAUCUUUUGAAAUUCCUGAUGAUGUGCCUCUACCACCUGGCUGGGAGAUGGCAAAAACUCCUUCUGGUCAGAGAUACUUUCUGAACCACAUUGAUCAGACGACAACAUGGCAGGAUCCACGGAAGGCCCUCCUCUCCCAGAUGAACGUUACAGCCCCCACAAGCCCUCCAGUGCAACAGAACAUCAUAAAUUCAGCAUCAGGCCCGCUCCCUGAUGGAUGGGAACAAGCCAUGACCCAGGAUGGAGAAAUUUACUACAUAAACCAUAAGAACAAGACCACAUCUUGGCUAGAUCCAAGGCUUGACCCACGCUUUGCUAUGAGCCAGAGAAUCAGCCAAAGCGCUCCAAUGAAGCAGCCACCUCCAUUAGCCCCUCAGAGCCCACCUGGUGGUGUGCUGGGAAGUGGCAGCUCCAAUCAGCAGCAACAGAUGAGGCUACAGCAGCUGCAGGUGGAAAAAGAGAGGCUGCGACUGAAACACCAAGAACUGCUGCGGCAGGUGAGGCCACAGGCAUUGCGGAAUAUCAAUCCCAGCACAGCAAAUUCUCCAAAACGUCAGGAAUUGGCUCUCCGAAGUCAGCUUCCCAGCAUGGAGCAAGAUGGCGGCUCUCAGAAUCCAGUGUCCUCUCCUGGAAUGUCUCAAGAACUGAGAACUAUGACCACAAAUAGUUCCGAUCCUUUUCUUAACAGUGGAACUUUUCACUCAAGAGAUGAGAGCACAGACAGUGGCCUCAGCAUGAGCAGUUACAGUGUCCCCAGAACUCCAGAUGACUUUCUCAACAGUGUCGAUGAAAUGGAUACAGGUGAUAGUAUCAACCAAAGCAACAUCCCUUCGCAUCAGAACCGUUUUCCAGAUUACCUCGAAGCCAUUCCAGGGACAAACGUGGACCUUGGGACGCUGGAAGGAGAUGCCAUGAAUAUAGAAGGAGAGGAGCUGAUGCCAAGCCUGCAGGAGGCUCUGAGCUCUGAUAUCCUGAAUGACAUGGAGUCUGUACUGGCAGCCACCAGGCUAGAUAAAGAAAGCUUUCUUACCUGGUUAUAGGGGCCUCAGGGAGACAAAGUCUGAAAUCUUUGAAGGAUCUAAGGAGAUAAGACAUGUACCUGAUGUUGAGAACAAGCCUGUGCGGCAAAGGCUUUCUUGGCUUACGAUCAGAGAAGAAAACAAGUAAAUGAACAAAAUACUCCAGAUUCUUUUCAUCCAACAUUUUGUUCUUCCUUGUCCAAUCGCUGCUAUUAUACUGCUGACCUCUUUUCACAGUUGACUCUGAAGAAUUAGACUGUUUUAUCCCCCCCCGCCCCCCCCCGCCCUGCUGUUGCAGCUACUGUUCAACAUGGUGGUGAUGGAGGGGGAGGUGAGAAGUAGCAAGAGAAUAGACCAGCCCUGUUUUUGGAUGACGACUGCCAUUCCUUUCUGCCCUGCUACCUGUAAUGCAUAUCCUUUAAAAAAAAACAAAACUAAUGAGGAUUUUGUUGCAUGCCCCUACUUGCAGCUGGACUUCCGUGUUGUUUUGCCUGCGACAAGUGGCAACAAAUGCGACUUACUGGCUUGGCGAGCCAAAAACGACGUAUCUGAUGGGGCAAAAAGAGUUGGUGCUGAUUUGGAGGCAAGCAUCAGAAGAGACAGCUUGUUAGCCUUGGAUGCUGUACCCACCAGGCACAGGGGCUGCUUGAUCACCAUUUAAAUGAAUGGGAGUUGCAUGGCAGCAGCAUUUGCUGGAUCAUGCCCAUUGUUAGCUAAUUAUUAGCUUUCCCUGUUGGCUUGCUCACCUUUUAUUGCACCAUAAAUCAUGAGUCAUUUUGCAUAAACUUUAUGAAUCUUGAUUGUUACCUCUUACUCUAGCUUUUUUCCCCUUUCUGAAUCUUAGAUUUUUUUUUUAAUUAUAGCAGUAGGUGUUUGUAAGUUAACUUUUUUUUAAAAGUAGUGAAACCAAAAUUUCCUGACUUCACUUAGUCUUAUUUAAAUCUGAAAUGGUUGACUUUUUUAUAUCUAAUCUAGUGUAGUCAGCCAGAAUAUCUAUUAGUCCUAUGUUGUGCUUGUAACUAUUUUUUUUUUAAAGAUAGCUUUGAAUGUAUUCAUUAGACUACAGGAUCCAUGGCUUAUCUUUUAUGUUUUUACUGCCAGAAUUUGAAGUAAAGAUCUUCUUAGGGACCUUGUCCUAAAUUCACUUCCUUCCUUCAAAAUUUUAGCUCCGCUUGUUUCAAGAGGAACUUGCAUCUGUCUAAUGUUCAGGAUUGCCAUUUAAAGAGUAGCCAGUUGUAUGGAAGCUUUUUUUUUAAAGUGAUAAUUUUUUAAAAAAAACACAGCAACUAUUAUGCUAUGAAGUUUCAUCAUGGAACAGCUCUUGCAAUUGUGGGAAGAGCUUUUAUAGCGUUGAUGAAAUUGGUGGCUUGAAAUUCCAAAGUCCCUGAUGGAUAAAAAGGACAAAAGAUGCUUUUCCCUGUAGUUAGUUUUCAUAUCAUCUGCACUGUCACCUGAGUUUACAAUACUGGCAAGACACUAAAGUUUUAAGGUGCAUCAAAAGCAUAGUUUAAGGUGCAUCGGAAGCCGAAUGGUGCAUAUUAGAAGACUGUAAAGAUACGUGUUAGAGUGCGAGGUGAGCAAGUAGAAGAGUAUUUUAGUUGUAGAGGUUAGUUAGCACUGAGAUCGAGGGCCUAGUACAUCUUGACGUCAUGACUUUUAACAGGAAAUAAUUGCCUUCGCAGUUGUCUGCGGGAAUGGUAUGACAUGUUUUCCAAAGAGUAUUUUUAAGAGAACAAAAAGAGCAUGAAUCAAUGUUAUGGUAUAAGCUAUGAAGUAUUUCUGUGGUUUUUU